ACAUGACUUUCACAGACGUCACUUGUAUUUUAAGGAAUCUGUUCGUAGAUUUUGUGUAAUGACUAUUUUUAAAAUUAUUUAAUUAGCAAAGAAAGAGUGAAUGAGAGCAUAAAAGGUCAAACCAAACAAUCUAAACAUCUUGAAGGAAAUGAACCUCAGACAUCAAUGGGAUUGGUCAGGUUUUGAGGACCUCAGGUGGGAGAGGUGAAGAGAGUGGCAGUAACACUGUGGAAAUCAAUUCUACAUAAAGCUAAAAGUGUCUCCAGUCAGAAUGACCAGCAGGUGGCAGUAUUUACAUUUGUCUGUGUUCUCAUACAGAACCGUUGUCCGCGUUUAUAAAAAACUGCAGUGGACAGGAGGCUGCAGGACCGAAAAAAACUGCUGUUUAAAGAAAACAACUUUGACGUGAUGCCUGUGUAGUUACUGUCAUUGUACAAAUAAACAGGAAGAUGUGCUGAGACAAAUACAGACUUUUACAAUAUUUGGAGAAAAUAGGGCAAAAUUUGUCACACACUGAUUAUAUCUGUUUAUCAAUAUUAACGUGUGUAACUGUUUACAUAUUUAAAUUGUUUAUUGUAUGAACAGAGAAGGAAAUGUCAGUGUGAAUUCUGGUGCUCACAGUUGAUCAACCUCCGUUACAUCACUGCAUCCAUCACAGCUCUCAUUAUUUCAUAAUAUAACAAUAGAAUCAUAACAUAAUCAUAACGUUAUUUCCAACUUCCAACACUGAAAAGCCAAUUCCUUAUCCUACUCAUGGAGUUCAGGGAUUGAGGUAAAACCUGCUAAAGCUGUACAAAUUAUAAACAUGAAGUAGACAUAAGAUACAUUACAUUAAAGAAUGCUGUAUAUAGAAGUAUUUGUUUUAGAGUAAACUACAUACAUGAAUUCCAGCUCAUGUGAUCUGCUUAAUGAAAGAUAAAUAAGAAGCAAAUUAUUAUGAGUAUCUGUUUAUGUACGUUUUGUUUAUUGAGAUGAAUGUAGUUGAACUUGGUUACAUUGGGCCUGGUGCAGUUUGGAGCUGAUUUAAAGACAGAGGGAUUAGUGUUUGUUAUACAGUUCUAUUUAACACCUAAGGGGUUUGCUGUUCUUGGUCAGAGCUAAAGGGCACUCUUUAUCCAGUAUUGCCCAGCAUGUGGUCAAGGGGAGGGAGAAUAGAUGUUCUGAUGGUUAGGUCAGGGGAGAUGACAGACUGUUUCAUGUUUAUUGGUACAUCAGUGUAGCUGUGUGCAACCAAUCAUAAGCUCAGUGCUGAACGCUUCUAUAAUUACAGUUUUAUUUCUUCAGUGACAGCAAGUAACAGCAACAUCUUAAUCAUGAGUGUUUCUCAUGAAACCUGCCUUCUUGACCAAGCCUUUGAGUUAAUUAUAAAUGAGAAGCCACCCAACAGUCUCUUUCUUGAAGAAGACACAGAGAAGCCUCAUUACCCUGAGAAGGACCUUCAUUGGUUGCACAGAGCCAUGCAGAAACAAGGGUCUGGAUCCAAAGUUGGGAUGUGUUCCAUCAACAGAAAUGCCAUCAAGAAUUUCCUUCAUCGCAACUCCUUUGUGCUUCUGACUGUGGGAGCAGUUGUACUAGGAAUCAUUUUGGGAUUUGCUGUGCGACCUCAAAACUUAUCACUGAGAGAAAUAAAGUAUUUAUCCUUCCCAGGAGAAGUACUGAUGAGGAUGCUACAGAUGAUGGUCCUUCCACUCAUUGUAUCUAGUCUUGUUACAGGUGUUUCGAAUUUAGACAGUAACGCCACAGGAAAGAUGGGAGUGCGAGCUGUUGUUUACUAUAUAGUGACAACUUUUAUUGCCGUGUUUAUUGGUAUCGUCGUGGUGACCACCAUAAAACCCGGAAAAGGCAAAAGAGACAUUCCAAUGUCCACUAAUGGCAGGGCUGAUUCAGUGACGGCUGCUGAUGCAUUUCUUGAUCUAUUUAGAAAUAUGUUCCCUUCUAAUUUAGUGGAAGCCUGCUUUAAACAGUACAGAACAUUGUACAAGAAAACUAUUCUGACAAAGAACAUCACUGUUCUGGUGAAUGUGAGUGACAUUGUUAUUAAUGCCACUGAGUUCAGGCAGGUAGGAAAUUACAGCACAGCCCUGCAGACCAUCCAGGAGACAGUGGAGGAGAUCACCCCAGUCUCAGGCUCUUCUAAUGGUGUAAAUGCUCUGGGUCUAGUAGUGUUUUCCAUGUUUUUUGGCUUUGUGAUUGGGAAUAUGAAGCAACAGGGCCAGCCACUAAAGGAUUUCUUUGACUGCCUCAAUGAUGCCAUAAUGCGAUUAGUAGCAAUUAUUAUGUGGUAUGCACCAGUUGGAAUCCUCUUUUUAAUUGCUGGGAAGAUUGUUGAAAUGAAAGACCUGUUUCAGGUUGGAGGACAGCUGGGAAUGUACAUGCUGUGUGUCAUCGUCGGUUUGCUCGUCCACAGCCUCAUUGCUCUGCCUUUAAUUUUCUAUUUGUGUACACGGAGGAACCCAUUCACCUUCAUCUCUGGUCUGCUUCAGGCUUUAAUUACAGCCUUUGGAACAUCCUCAAGUUCUGCCACCCUUCCCAUCACCUUCCGUUGCUUAGAGGAGAAAAACCAUGUGGACAAACGUGUAACACGCCUUGUUUUGCCUGUGGGAGCCACAAUAAACAUGGAUGGUACGGCUUUAUAUGAAGCAGUGGCUGCCAUUUUCAUAGCCCAGGUUAAUGACAUGGAUUUAAACUUUGGACAAAUCUUUACCAUCAGCAUUACAGCAACUGCUGCAAGCAUUGGAGCUGCAGCCAUUCCUCAGGCUGGUCUGGUUACUAUGGUGAUUGUAUUGACAUCUGUAGGAUUGCCCACUGAGGACAUAACCCUCAUCAUUGCUGUGGAUUGGUUCCUGGAUCGCAUCAGGACUACCACCAAUGUGCUGGGAGACUCGUUAGGAGCUGGUAUUGUGGAACACCUAUCAAGAGAAGAACUGCAGAACCUGGAUGCUGGGAUCAGCAGCUCUGUGAUUGAGGUCAAUGAAAAACCUUACCAGCUCAUCUGCCAGGAGGAGGACUGUCUCAGACAUCAAAACAGUGAAACAGCAAUGUAAUAAACAUUGUACUAAACAGCAUCUACAGUGGGAUUGUUUUGAGUGUAUAAGCGAAAACAUCUGUAAAAAACUAAAACAUUUAAAAUAAGUAACAAUCUUAAUACUAGACUAUAAACUGCAUCAGCCUAUAAGACUUUAAUAAAAUGAUGUGUGGAAAAAACGUAUUACGAACAGAUUUCCACUGAUUUUUAUUUGACCUUACCUUUGAUUAGAUUAGAUUUGAUUAGAUUAGAUUAGGAUUUAUAUAUUAUGUGAAAGAUCUACCAUCUGUUUAUGGUAACCGGAAAAGCAUAAAAAACCCAGAAUUAUGUUUUCAUUAUUUGCAGUGUCUGCUGUACAGGUCUGAAUGAUUUAUUACUGUAUGGUGGUGGUAUCUACUGAUCAGAAAGUUAAUGUGAGGACCAGCAUCUGCUGAAUGCCUUAAAUGCAAAUGCUAAUGUAUUAGAAUGUGUUUAUUAAUAUUAGCAUGUGAGCUGUGAGAGUUGCUGUUAUCAUACAUACAAUUUAGAUUACAAGUGUAGAAAUGUGAAAAUGGCUGACCUGUAGAGUGAAAUAAAAACCUAAGUGUGUGUGUGUUUGUGUGUGUGUGUGUGUGUGUGUGUGUGUGUGUGUGUGUGAGGGAGAAUUGCCCCUGAAUGCUGUGCUCUGUAUAUUACAAUGGUGUAUUUUCCACUGUUUUUUCUGGGUUAAAAUAUUGUAACCCUGCUGUUGAAUUUCAGCAGUGAACUGAGGGUCUCAAUCCUCAUACUGUUCAUCUGAUCUCUGAUCUGAUCUCCAUUUUAAUAUCUCAAACCCCUGACUCUGAUCUUUAUGCCACAUACAAAAUGCAGUGUUCUCCAAGUGUGGACUUCUUUUCGUAGUCAGACUAAUAGUUUAUCAAGUAUCUGACUCUUUUCUUUUUACUUUGAUUCUUGGCAUUUUACUGUAUGCAUUUAAGUCACUUUUGCAUUUUAUUUGUAUCGUCCAUUCAAUGUUUCAAACACUUAUAAAUUACCCAAAUGAUUUGCAUUGGAAAUACAAUAUUAUAUAUUAAUAAAAACAGGCUGGUUUGCUGAGUGUAAAAAGUCAAAAGAGGAAUAUAUUAUUCUGCUAAUAAAUCUAAAUUACAAACUUCA